CAGGGCUCUGGAUAGGCAAGACAACACUUUAUUGGGAGAAAAGUAACAAGAACAUAUAUGAAAUAACUUUAGUCGACGUAUUAUGUUAGAGAUAUCCUGCACAUGCAGCGCAAAACUCGUGGAGGACCGUGCGUAAAAGUUUCCGUUUUCUUCGCUGACCAUGCACAGUUUCUCCAAGAUGUGCGUUCCAGGAGAAGCGCCUCAAACUCUCCGCGCUGUGGCCGGAGAUGCCUCGCUUCGUGGGAAUAUAUUGCCUGGACCAUCUUUGUUCCCAGCUGUCACAUACAAGGGGCCACUCCAUCCCGAGCGGAUUUUCCACGCGUCGGAGUCAACUUCGCUGUUUUAUCGGCCUUCCGAAAUACUGAAAAGUACCGACACGGACGAAGAUGAGCCCAAAGUUUAUUUGGAAGCCGCUGACCUUUGGAGAGAGUUUCACGGGUGCAGCACGGAGAUGGUGAUUACAAAAUCAGGGAGGCGCAUGUUUCCUCCGCUCAAAGCCAGGUGCUCGGGGAUGGACAGGAAAGCCAAGUACAUUGUGCUGAUGGACAUCGUGGCGGCUGACGAGUGCAGAUAUAAAUUUCAUAACUCGCGCUGGAUAGUGGCGGGGAAGGCGGACCCGGAGAUGCCCAAACGCAUGUACAUCCAUCCCGACAGCCCGGCCACGGGCGAACAGUGGAUGUCUAAAGUGGUCAAUUUCCACAAACUGAAACUGACCAACAACAUAUCUGACAAGCAUGGAUUUACAAUUCUCAACUCGAUGCACAAAUACCAACCGAGAUUUCAUGUAGUGAAGGCAAAUGACAUCCUGAAACUUCCCUGCAGUACUUUCAGGACUUAUGUGUUUCCUGAGACACAGUUUAUUGCAGUAACAGCUUACCAAAACGACAAGAUCACGCAGCUGAAAAUUGACAAUAAUCCCUUUGCGAAGGGAUUCCGAGAUACCGGGAACGGAAGAAGAGAAAAGAGGCAAGUUCUUACAUGGCCAGUUUGUUUAAAAAAACUCCAGCAAUCCCUGCAAAGCUCAAAAGAAGUGUGGGUGGCCAGCAUGAAGUACGAGUCUGUAAAAACGUCCUCUUCACAUGAUUCUGAACACAGCAAGUCUUCAGCCUGUGGAAGUGACAGAGACGACUCUGCGGAAGAAUAUCCUGAACCAAAGCUUUGUAAGACCCACCAUGAAGCAGAAACCCAGUCGGAAGUUUCCAUCACUUUCGGGACAGUGAAGGCUCCAGCUGGGACUCUGCACAAAACCACGGACCCCCAGCACAACUCUGCCGUCUCUACGGUAACCAAGGACUCAGACGAGGAGCAGGUGUACCCAUCGCGCAGUCGCAGUGUGCACAGUCGGAUUAAUUCUCCUGAACUGAGCCGACAUCUGUGGGAUCUCAGAAUCUCCAGAAGUCCUUUUCAUCCGGCUCAGGUGAACAGCUGGUACAGCUGUGCUGCCGUGGACAGAGCAGCAGCCUGCGGGCUGAGACUGGCGGUUCCCACCGGGACUCUGCCCUUCCGCCUUCAACAACACGAGCUGGACUUGAUGAGCCUCUCACCCUUUGGAGGCUUUGUGUUGUACCCUUACUCCUGCCUCUCUGCAGAGUCGGCUCAGUGCUUCGCCCCGCUGACUCGGUCCAGAGUGGAUUUUAAAGCCUGUCCGAGUGCAAACAGCCACAAUUUCUCCUCCUCUCCAAUCGUGUCUUCAUCUGCUCCUCCGGCAUGGGAGUGCAGCUGUCUGAAUGCAGAGGUGUUUCCUUCACCUCCGUCAGAGCAGAGAGCAUUAGAGGAUGACGCUGGAGUGGACCGCUGCCCGAACGAACCCCCGGCAGGGACAGAAUACUGACCUGUCAGGCUGCUGGGGCUUCAAGACGUCUGCUGACACAAAACAGAUUUCAAGACUUUGCAAGUCAUCCAGGCCAGGUUUCAGACGUUAUUGCUCGCAUGACAAUGACAAUGUGUCUUAUUCCGGUUUCCUUUGGGACUAAAUGUAUCAGUCAAUAAAUAACAUAU